UGUCUAAUAGAGAGGGGCUUUAAAAACGCAAUCCUAGUUAAAAAAAAAAAAAAAAAACGCUAGUCACCAAUCCUGAAUUUUCAGAAUUGGAACAAUGGCAAAGCAAGCUUCUCUUAUGUUUUAUUACGUUUUCGCUAUAUUCAUAAUCACCAUGAGCGUGAUGUGCGGGGCCAGCACUGAAGAAAAAAAGGCUCACAUUGUGUACAUGGGUUCACUUCCAGAGGGGCAAUACUCACCAUUGUCUCACCACCGUGGUAUGCUACGGCAAACCGUUCAGCUGGACAGUUCUGUAGAAACAUCAUACAUCAGAAGUUACACUAGGAGUUUCAAUGGAUUUGUCGCAAAGCUCACGGAUAUCGAAAAGCAAAGGCUUUCUAAUAUGGAAGGUGUCAUCUCCGUUUUUCCAAGCAAAACUCUUCAACUUCACACAACAAGAUCAUGGGACUUCAUAGGUUUACAAGAAAGUGCCACGCGAAAUGCCCAAGCUGAGAGUGAUAUCAUAAUCGGACUUCUAGAUACUGGAGUUUGGCCUGAAUCAGAAAGCUUUAAUGAUAAAGGUUUUGGUCCUCCUCCCAGCAAGUGGAAGGGUGUUUGUGAAGGCGGCCAAAAUUUCAAAUGCAACAACAAGAUAAUUGGAGCUCGAUAUUACGGCGGCUCACGGCCGAAUUCGACUCAGACUGCAAGGGACUCUGAUGGUCAUGGAUCUCACACUGCCUCUACAGCAGCAGGGAACAUAGUAAACAAUGUUAGCUUUUUUGGACUGGCACAAGGUACCGCAAAAGGAGGGGUUCCCAGUGCGAGGAUUGCAGCAUAUAGAAUCUGCCAACCGGACGGGUGUACUGAUGCAGAUAUCAUGGCUGCUUUUGAUGAUGCAAUUGCUGAUGGAGUUGACAUCAUUUCAAUUUCAGUAGGAUCAGGAGAAGCUUUUCCUUUCUUUAACGAUUCCAUUGCAAUUGGUGCUUUUCAUGCAAUGCAGAAGGGGAUAUUAACUUCUCAUUCUGCCGGUAAUGGUGGUCCUGACUAUGGAUCAACCGGAAGUCUAGCACCGUGGUUGAUUUCUGUAGCAGCAAGUACCACAGACCGUCUGUUCGUAGACAAGGUUGUCCUUGGUGAUGGAAGAACACUAGUUGGAAAAUCAAUCAAUUCUUUCGCAUCACCCGCAACCAGGUUUCCUCUACUACAUGGAAUAGAAGUUUCAAGGCUGUGCCCUGUAAAUGAUUCAAUGUACUGCAAAGAAGGGUGUCUAGACAAGAAAUUGGUGAAAGGAAAGUAUGUGCUUUGUAAAUCGAAUUCUGGAGAUUUUCAGGCUUUCCCUGCUGGUGCACUAGGGGCAAUCGUGAGAAAUGAACCAUAUAUGGAAUAUUCUGAUGUUGUUGCAUUACCUGCAGUGCUAUUAAGAGCUAAAGAGCAUGAUUUGGUCUUGUCCUACGUGAAUUCCACUAAAAACCCUCAAGCAAGCAUUUUGAAAAGUGAAACUAUAAAAGAUGCGGAAGCUCCUACCGUUGCUUCAUUCUCUUCACGAGGACCAAAUAUUCUUACACCAGAUAUUAUAAAGCCUGAUUUAAGUGCCCCAGGGGUGAAUAUCUUAGCUGCAUAUUCCCCACUCUCUACACCCUCGUAUAGCAUUGAUGAUCCAAGGCGUGUUCACUACACUUUUUUAUCUGGAACCUCUAUGGCUUGCCCUCAUGUUUCUGGUGCAGCUGCCUAUGUCAAGACAUUUCACCCUGAUUGGUCUCCUUCAGCCAUCAAAUCUGCUCUUAUGACUACUGCUUUGCCCAUGAGUGAUGCCAAAAGUCUGGGUGGUGAAUUUGCCUACGGAUCUGGGCAUGUAAAUCCAGUGGCAGCUGUUCGUCCAGGACUUGUUUAUGAAGCUGUAAAAGAAGACUACAUAAUAAUGCUUUGUAACAUUGGCUAUGAUGCAAAGAAACUUCAAAUCUUAUCAGGAGAUACUAAAACUACUUGUCCUAAAUUACCAGUCACUGCAUCACCAAAGGAUUUGAAUUACCCUUCAAUGGCAGCUAAGGUAGUUCCAGCAAAGCCUUUCAAUGUUACGUUUCACAGAACAGUCACAAAUGUUGGCUCGGCAACUUCCAGUUACAAGGCAAAAAUAGUCACAAAUUCAAAAGUUAAUAUAAAAGUAGAGCCCGAAGUACUCACUUUCAAGUCCCUAAAUGAGAAGAAAUCUUUUGUUGUAUCUGUCAGUGGAAGUGCUUUGCGAGUUCAGUCAAGGCUAUCUGCAUCACUGGUGUGGUCUGAUGGCACUUACAGUGUGAGAAGUCCAAUUGUUUUGCACACCUAAAGCGUUAGAGCGUAAAGGAAUAGAAUCAUUAUAAGCUUGCCAUAACAAACUCCAACUUCUACAAAUAGGGAAUUUUUCCUACCAAUAAAAUUUUAAUGUAAAACUCAAGCUAUAUAUCAGUGCAAUAAAGAUUCUUUUCAUUUUUUGCAAA